AGUUGGUGAAAAUGGAAGGAGAUAUGGCAGAGGCCAUUGUUGAAGACUCCGAGACAUUUAUGAAAAGAAAGGAAACCAAGACAUAUCAGAGGCGGCGAGAUGGUGUUGCUGAUGAUGAUGGCUGUGUUAUAGUGCAUAGUCAUGCAGAUGGUAGUGAAGUACCCCAUGAUGUUAACAGCAAUGUUCAAAUGGUUAUGAUGGAGCACCUUGAUCCUGCAAUUCUUCAGAUGAAAACAGAGGUAAUGGAAGGUGUAGUGUCUCAGGAAGGGGAAGCUACUGUGGAUGAUACACAGAUAAUAACUUUGCAAGUUGUAAAUAUGGAGGAACAACCAAUAAAUCUAGGAGAACUCCAGCUUGUGCAGGUGCCUGUAGCUCUUCCUGUUGCUGCCACAUCUGUUGGCGAACUUCAUGCAGCUUAUGAAAAUGAGGUAGCCAAAGAAGGCCUUCCAGAAGGAGAACCUAUGAUUUGUCACACUUUGCCUCUUCCGGAGGGUUUCCAAGUUGUUAAGGUUGGGGCAAAUGGUGAAGUGGAAACUCUAGAACAAGCCGAGCUUCAGCCACAAGAAGAAUCUACCUGGCAGAAAGAUCCGGAUUAUGCACCACCUGUCAAAAAAACCAAGAAGACAAAGAAAAGUAAACUUCGAUAUACAGAAGAAGGAAAGGAUGUUGAUGUGUCUGUGUAUGAUUUUGAAGAGGAACAGCAGGAGGGUUUGCUUUCAGAUGUUAAUGCUGAAAAAGUGGUUGGAAACAUGAAGCCACCAAAACCAACGAAAAUUAAAAAGAAAGGUGUAAAGAAAACCUUCCAAUGUGAGCUUUGUAGCUAUACUUGUCCCAGACGCUCAAAUCUUGAUCGUCACAUGAAGAGUCACACUGAUGAACGACCUCAUAAAUGCCACCUAUGUGGAAGAGCUUUCAGGACUGUUACCUUGCUUAGAAACCACCUCAAUACUCACACAGGUACCAGACCUCAUAAAUGCCCAGACUGUGAUAUGGCCUUUGUAACCAGUGGUGAAUUGGUCAGACAUCGCCGUUACAAACAUACACAUGAGAAGCCAUUUAAGUGUUCCAUGUGUGAUUAUGCCAGUGUUGAGGUAAGUUGUAAUGCCCUUUUCCCUGACCACUGUUUCUCUCCCCAGCUGCC